CCUCCCUCGACCUCCUUCCACCAACAUCGCGUGAGAAGAACCUGACAACUCUCCUACGAUUCGCCCGCAACGAGAGAGAGAGUGAGCGCGAGCAAGCGAGGAGUGGUGGCGGCUUGCUGUUGGUUGGAUUGGCGCCGAGAGGUGGUGAUGUAACGUUGCCUCCGCGGUCAUCACACAGCAGAAACUUGCAACAGCCUCUCCUCCCCUCCCCGACUUUGCGUGGUGCCGCCGGGGACCGGAGCUUCGCAAGGACCUAGCCCGGAUCGUUGCUCGCAAACGGGCAGUUCGGAUCUUCAUACACUACGUGCCGCUUUUCAGGAAUGCUGAGUCGACCUAAAUGAGCCACAGGCAAGGAGGCAUGUCGGGCCGAGGCGGCGAAUCGGCGGAAGGGUCGGCGCCAAGGCCCGGCCAUGGGCCCCCGACGGGCCCAGCGGGCGCUCCUCCCACGCACCUGCAGAGGCCCCGCUUGAGCUACGUGGAGGGCAUCCUCAUGGCAGAGGUGUUCUUCCAGGACUGGGAGGAGAAGAGCGCCUUCCGUGCCCAGCCCGAGGACAUCGUCAUCUCCACCUACCCCAAAUCAGGGACGACGUGGCUCCAGGAGAUUGUGGACGCCAUCCUUGGUCGCGGGGACAUCGAGCGCUGCAAGCGAGCGCCCACCCACAGUCGGGUGCCCUUCCUCGAGAUGUCGGCGGUGCCCAGCCUCGGCAUUCCCAGCGGGAUUGAUCAGAUUGAGCAGCUUCCAUCUCCCCGAGUCAUCAAAACGCACCUCCCCUACCAGCUGGUGCCCAAAUCAUUCUGGGAGAAUAACUCCAAGGUCAUCUACCUGGCCCGCAACGCCAAGGACGUGAUGGUGUCAUGCUUCUACUUCGGGAAGAUGAACUUCGGCCAACCGCACCCCGGCACCUGGGAUGAGUACUUCCGUAAGCACCUGGACGGCGCAGUCCCGUGGGGGUGCUGGUGGGAUCACGUGCUCGGGUAUUGGGACAAGAGGGAUCAUCACCGCAUCCUCUACCUCCUCUACGAAGACAUGAAGGAGAACCCCAGGGCUGCGGUGGAGCAGGUGGCCGAGUUCCUGGACGUCCACCUGCCGGAGGAGGCGCUGGAGAAGAUUGUCCACCACACGAGCUUUGAGCAGAUGAGGGACAAUCCCAUGGCGAACUACACCUCGCUGCCCAGCUUCGUCAUGGACCACUCCGUGUCGCCCUUCAUGCGCAAAGGCUCGGUGGGCGACUGGCGGACCCACUUCACGGUGGCCCAGAACGAGGAGUUUGACGAGGUGUACGCGAAGAAGAUGGCCGGCACCUCCCUCUCCUUCCGCCACGACCUGCCGCAGGUGGUGGAUUCUUGAAUCCAUCCGUGCGGGGUCUUCUCUUACCCCCACCCCCUGUCGUGAUCGUGAGGUUUUCUUCUGGGGGGCACGCGAUUGGUUUUACUUCCCGGGCUGCUAGGGGGGAUUUGAGUUUGAUCGAAACAUUCCAGUGGAGCGGCACUAAUCCCGAAAAACGAGCCGUGAGACUCACUGAAGAUUUCCUGGGUUAAAAAUUAAAUCGUAAUUAUUGGUCUUUAUUGCGACGGUCGUUAUUCAUAACGCAGGUUGGUUUUUUUUUGUUCGGGGGGGG